AUGUCGCGCGACAACGCACUCAGCUGGGAUUUGGACUCUCCAGACAACGAAAUCGCGUCGAAUUCCAGAAGAGACUCAACCUCACCGCAUUACAAGGGAGCUCCCCUGUCUCCGUCUGCAUCAGAUGGAGAUCACAGCAAAGAGCGUCACCGCCGCAGAAGCGCACGGGCGCUCGUGGGACUUGAUGAAUUCGCUCCCCCAAAGAGGCACUACUCGGGCGCAGAAAAGCUGCUGUGGUCGAGGAUACGGCAGACGCUCCAGGAGCCAUUCGCCGAGUUCCUUGGAGUCAUGGUCCUGUCGUGCUUCUACAAUGGCAGCAUUGCUCAAUCACUCCUCAGUGCCGGUCUGCAGACGGCACCGGGCGGCUCUGGCUACGGAACAUUCAUCACUGGCAUCGGCGUAAUGCUUGGCAUCUACAUCUCCGGCGACUCGGGCGCCUACCUCAACCCAGCCAUCACCCUCACGGCCUGCGUAUUCCGCGGACUGCCCUGGAAAUCAUUCCCGUCCAUCGUGCUGGCACAGUUCCUGGGUGCCUUCGUGGCGACGGCGUUGGUGUACGGCAAUUACAUUUCGGCCAUCGACUGGUACGCCGGCCCUGGCAACAGGAUCGUACCGCCCGAGACGAAGGCGACCGCCCAAAUCAUGGCGACCUACCCGCAGACAUUUGUGCCGAGGUCGUCCCAGGUCUUCUCUGUCAUUAUCCCGUCCGCUUUGAUCACAACCGUCGUGUCUGCCCUGAAGGACGACUACAACAACGGUAUCUCUAGGGCAGGUGGCAACUUCUUUCCGCUGGCCAUGUUCUUCUUGUUCUACGGCAUCGGCGUAGCGUUUGGAUGGGAAACCGGUGGUGCCACCAAUCCAGCACUGGACUUCUCCGGACGGCUGUUCUCCAGCGCCGUGGGAUAUCCACGCGAAGUCUGGACCACGGGCGGGUAUUACUUCUGGAUACCGCUUCUGAUGCCUUUCGUCGGCGCCAUUGCUGGUAGUUUUCUCUAUGACACCUUGGUGUUCACUGGGCCCAGUCCGAUCAACAGCCCCUGGCUUGGCUUGAAGCGCUUCAUCGAUCGUUCAAUCCAGAACGAGAACUCGAGAGAGAGAGUAGAAGCGCGGCGAGACAAGACUACGGAUCAAGUAUAG